CUCAUUGAAAAAUAGGUUCCUGUGAUCCCUCGAUGUCCGGUUUGCUGGGAAAGACCGAAGACAAUGGAGCACUUGUUUCUUGAUUUCCCAUUUGCGCGAGCCCUUUGGGAUUACUCGAGGCUGCAAUAGUUGGGGGGAGGGACUGCCGCGGCACACGUUCCCCUUGUUUCUUAAGCGUCUGUUGGCUCUGAUCCAUCAUCCACAUUUGUUCAUGGCGGUGGUUGCUAUCCUCUGGCGGAUAUGGCGUUCCCGGAAUUGGGUUGUCUUUGAAGGCAAACGGUUUGGGAUCCCUGCGCUAAUGCGUCAAUUCAAUCAACAAUUUGAAGAAUGGGUGAGCUUGCCAGUUGACCAGGUCCCUAGGGGGUCUUUUCCAGUACUGCAGCACUUAAGUCAAGAGGAUGAUUCCCGCUUUAUAUGCAUGUGGGAUGGAGCAACUAGGAAUGGAUCGCACUCCGCUAGUGGAAUGGUACUUUUCGAUCCGGCGCGGUCGCUUCUAUUGGCGAAGGGGGUUCAGUUCCCCCAGAUUAAUGAGCCUCAGAUGGUGGAGUUGUUUGUGCUGCGGGAGGCUGUGGCUUGGUGUGUUGAGUGUGGCUUAUCAGAAGUCCGGUUCGAGGUGGACGCGAAGGUUCUUAUUGAUAAGAUCAACCAAGCCGACAUAAGGGAUAGCCGUCUGGGUGCUGUCUUGCAGGAGAUUGAUCAAAGUUUGCGCGUCCACUCUGGGUUUAGUGUGCGAUUUGUAGGUCGGGAGAACAAUAGGGUAGCUUAUUCGGUAGCUAGAAAAGCCCUCUCUUUGUAUCCGACUGUAUGUCGCGUCUUUAAUUUCCGGGCCUGGCUUGCUUCCAGGAUGUAACUAUCUAUCUUUUUUUAUCAAUAUAUGAUAUCUUUUGACAAAAAAAGACGGGCCUCAGCGAUUCUUAGAAUAACCCUGCUAGUAGACUCAACUUGUGUUGUAAGAUUAAUUAAUUUAUAAAUAUGAUGAUGGGGUUUUGAGUCAGGUCAAUUAAUAUUAUGAUUACUCAUUAGUAAUUAGUCAAUAUUCUCAUAUAAGUAUUUAUGUAUACGUGAUAUGUAUACUAAUUGUUAAAGUGGUGUUUGUGUUACUAUAGUCAUAGUUCGGUUCGAAAUUGACAAAAAAGAAUUUAAUAAAUUAGCUAAGGCAAU